ACAGUGAAAGUAGUGUCAGUGUCAGUGUCAGUUUCAUUCAAUCUCAUUCACAAUUCACAUUCAAUUCAGUUUGGUUUUGGGUGGUUUUUGGUUUUGCUUGUUUCUAUUUUUACCGUAGAAAAAAUGUCUUGUCCUAUCUAAUAAUGAGAUCGCUAAUUAUAUUUUACAGCAGAUGAAUUCUCUUCUCGAUAAUCUGUGGUUAUAUAAAAAGUAGUACAUUAAUUGUAAAUAGAGUAAUAAUAUUGUGGUAUCUAGAGUAAAGCAUUGGCCUUUCAAUGCUCAUAGCAAUAAUACUGAUGAAAUAAUGUUUCUGAUUUUUGUAAAUUCUGAUACCCCUUUUUUGUUUAAAUGGAAAUUAAACAUAAAGAGUCAGUGUUUGAAAAGAAAACGAUUCAGUUAGAAAAAUAUAUCCAGGAAAACUGUUUAUGCUGGGACUUAUUUGUUAAAAUGUGAAAAUUAAUUCAUUUAACUCGUUUUGGAUUUAAAAUGUGCAUUUAAACACUUAUUACAAUAGCUAUGGGGUGGAUGACGUGUUGCCAAUGCAAAUCCAAUGAGGCAAAAGUGAUAGAAUUGGAUUUUUCAAGAUGUGGAAUCUCAGAAAUACCAAAUGAAGUGUAUGCUAAUUCUCCAACACUAGAAGUAUUGCAUUUAGAAGGAAAUAAACUAAAGGAUUUAUCUCCACAGUUAUUUCAGUGCAUUGAUUUAAGGUACCUUAAUGUAAGUGAUAAUGAAAUCCGAGCCAUACCACCAUUAAUAUCAAAAUUGACCAAUCUACAAGUUUUAAUAUUUAGUAAAAAUGUUUUAGAUGGUGUUCACCCAAAUUUAGAUAAGUUAAGUAAACUGACUAUGUUGGACUUAAGUAUGAAUGAUCUAGGUAAAGUUCCAGAAGCUGUUAUGAGCCUUAUUAACCUUCAACAACUUUGUUUAAAUGAUACAGGCAUAGAUUUUGUUCCUGCUAAUAUCGGCCGAUUAUCAAAUUUAAGAGUGUUGGAAUUAAGAGAUAAUAAUAUAUCAGAAUUGCCAAAAUCCAUUAGACGUUUGACUAAUCUACAGCGACUAGAUGUUAGUGAUAAUAACUUAUCGAAUUUAACAGAACUAUGCGAAUCUCAUGGAAAUUUGACAGAAUUAUGGAUUAAUGGUAAUAAUAUAUCUGAACUCUCUGUAGCUAUAACACACUUAAAAAAGAUAAAUGAUUUUGAUGCUUCAUACAACAACUUGGAAUCAAUCCCAAAGGAAAUAGGGCAUUGGACAAAAAUCACAAAUUUAAUUUUAAGUUUUAAUAAUUUAAUUUCACUGCCAAAAGCUGUUGGAAAUCUGAGAAAUUUGCAAGUUCUUAAACUCGAGUCAAAUUUGUUAGAGGAACUGCCUAGCACUGUUUGUAAAUUAGUUAAUUUGGAAGAACUUAAUUUACAGAACAAUUCUUUGAUAUCAAUUCCUAGUGGCAUAGGUCAUUUACGAAAAUUGGCGACUCUGAUUUUGUCAGAUAAUAAAUUACAACAGUUACCAGCAGAAAUUGGAAGCUGUUGCGAAUUGUCAAUACUCAAUGUUCAUAAUAAUCAACUUGAAAGACUGCCAGAUGAGGUUGGUCAUCUCCAAAAUUUGACCACUCUCGGUUUGAUAGGAAACAAGCUCUCUUACCUUCCAAUCACAAUAUCGAAACUUAGAAAUCUUAAAGCGCUAUGGUUGACACCAAAUCAAACACAACCAUUGAUCCAUCUUCAAAAUGAACAAUUGUCUGAUGGGCAAGUAGUACUAACUUCCAUUGUAUUUCCACAAACUCCCCUUAGAGAACCACAUCCUGUACAGAUGUCAGUGGGGAAUCAGAAUUGUCACAUUACUUUCAGUACUGAGAGGAAUGAUUCUGAUGUAACAGAAGCCCAUUUGUCACUUAGUAGGACCCCCACUCCUCAUCAUAAAGAAUUAAAAAGGCUGAGGGAAAUUUUGAGGACCUCACAUAUUCCUGGAAAAAAACCACUAAAUAUAUCUGAAAUCAAAGAAGCCAAAGUUACGAAUAUUUCCGGUGAACUCGCAGUUUCCCAGAAUAGCCUAAAUGAUCAUGAUGUUACGGACAUACCUGAAAAUGUUUCAGAUAUAAUCCGUGAAAUUAGUAAAACUCCUCCGAAACAGCCACCUCCAUAUCAUAUAGCUGCUGUCUAUUCGAAGAACGCUCAUCUGUUUUCUCAAAAUCAAAAUAUGAGCCCUCCUAGUCCAUUGGACCAACCAAAACAGUUUAGUCAGCAGCAACCAUCUAAUAUUCAUAUGCCAACUCCAAAGUUGCCGAACCAUCGAAAUCACAUACCAGUUUUGCAAAUUGCCGAUACAAGCAAUGACCUUAAAGAUGUUAAUAUGAUGUGUGAAGAAGAUUUGAAUCAGUCGAAACAGAUGGUGAAGUGGCCUUUUGGAAAGCACAAGGUUUGUCAGGUUUUAGAAGUUGAGAUGCCUGAAUCAUUUUUACCCAAAGAUAUUCGUAUUGUAGGUCAGAGUAAUGGUUUGUUUAUAGAUCAUGUCAAUCCCCAAAGUCAAGUCUUCCAAAAAAUUUGCGUUGGCGAUAAAAUACUAGCCAUUGAUGAGAUAGAUUAUACUAUUAUAGAACCAGUAAUAGCCUAUCAAGAUGCAUGCCAAAGACUGAAUAAUUUAAAAAUUAUAACUGUCUCCAGAAAUCCACUACUCUAGUUACAAAAUAAAAUGUUAAGCCUUUUUUAUAUUCAUAUAUGUCAUAUACGAAUGCCCUUACCUAAUACUUACUCUUCAGCAUCUGAUAUUUGCACAAAUUCUUCUUUCUUAUUCACUAGAUGUUCUUUGCUCUCUAUAUAUAAUCUCAGUUAAUUAAUUUUUAUUGUUGGCAUUUUAUUACCAAUUCAUAUAGCCUAAGUUUUAUUUUGAUUCUUGGACAAUAUCGGUGUCAUUGUAGAGUUCUUUUAAUUCGAGGUUGGUUCUGAUCCUAUACUGGUUUGUGUUAAUGUCGUGAUGAGGUCCGAAAAUUUUUCUAAGUAUUUUUCGUUCAAAACGUCUGAGCUUUUCUUCGUUUGAUUUGGUCAUGGUCCACGUUUCGCAACCAUAUGUUAGUACAGGUCUGACGAUGGAUUUAUAGAUUUUGAUCUUGGAACUUCUUGUAAGAUUUUUUGAUUUUAUAAGCUUAUCCAGUGCGAAUAAACAGCGAUUUGCUGAUUGGAUUCUGUCUUUUAUUUCUUCAGUAACAUUGUUGUCAGCUGUCCUUUAUUCUUUUUGCUACCACUUUAUCUUGGAGCUACUCUACUUGGUAUUUUUCCAUUGUUUUCCUGGUUUUCCUUUUCUUGGUUCUUUUUGGAAUAUCUUGUAAGUUUGACUAUUGUCAAUAUAUCGUCACUGUUGACAUCUGCUCCUCUGUAGCUUCUACAAUCAGUCACGGAUCUGUUGUAUUUUCUUUCAUUAAGAACAUGAUCUUUUGGAAUCAUGUGUAGAAGAGCUUCUUAAAACCAUUAGGCUUUCAAGUGCACCGGGAGAAUUAAAUAGAAUUCUUAAAUUGACAAACACAACAUCCUAUCAAGAAUAAGUUCAUACAAUAUGUAGACAGUUCUAUCGAAGAAUCGAAGUUUCUCGAUAUCCGUACUCUCAUCUAGAGUUGAACCGCUCUGUGGCUCUUGGAGCUUCUCAGUCUUAGGGCGCGACCAUACUGCACGCUGGUUUCCGAAGUCAGCGCUGAGUCUUUGUGCAAAUAAUCCUUCGUAUUUAAACGGGCCUGUCCAAAGUGCACCUGCGCGCUGUUAUUAGGAUUAUUCAGACACGGACUCGGCUUUCUGACUCGGAAACCAGCGUGCACUAUGGACGCGCCCUAACGCUGUAAAAUAUAAUACAGUAUCUCCCAUGCCUUAUACAGGGUGUUUCAUUGGGAAACGGAAAUACGUUAACGGUGAAUAGAGGUCACUGAGCCGGUUCUAGAUAUACUACAUUUUUUGCCUUGCCGACUUUUAUAACGAAGUUACAGGGUGUUUUAUCGAUUUUGCCCAUUUCUUUCCUAAGCUAUAACUUUAGAACUACCCUGUAUAUUUUUUUGAUAUUUGGUACACGUAU